AUGGCUCAAGAGAUAUUGAAAUCAUAUCACAGUAAAGAUAGCAAAGUUCAUCCUUCUGUGGAUGAAUCUGUGUUGACGAUUUAUGGAAGCAAGUUUUGUCCGUUUACUCAGAGAUGUCUCAUCACUUUGGAUGUAAAGCAUAUACCACACAAUUUCGUCGGAAUCGACUUAAUGAACAAACCUGAUUGGUAUUUACAGAUUUGUCCAACUGGGAAAGUUCCUUUUUUGAAAGAAGGCGACAAAGAAUUAACUGAAUCUCUGGUAAUUGUCAACUAUCUUGAUGAACUCAAACAGCCUACAAUUCAUCCGGCAGAUCCAUAUGUUAAAGCACGAGGGUCUCUUAUUGUUGAUGAGUUAUUUCCCACUGCUCUGACUGCUAUCAAAAACUUGAAAAACAAAGAGGCAACUGUGGAACAGAAAAUCGAUGAAAUCAAGAAAGCAUUAGCUAAAUUGGAUGAAAAAUUUUCUCAAAUUAAAACCAAAUAUCUUCAAAGUGAUGAACAGCCUUAUUAUGCAGACUACAUGACUUGGACAGCUUUGGAGAUGAUUGUUCCAGUUCUACGCACUCUGAAUUAUCCAUCAUUCAACUCUGAGAAAGAGCUAACCGAAGCAUAUCCGUCAUUGGCUAAAUAUUUACAUUUAAUGAGUCAAAGCCCAUCAAUUCAACGUAUCUGCCUGUCACCAGAAGUACUUGCUGAUUAUUAUUCAAUCCUUUGA